AUAUUUGGAUUUUUAACAAUAUUUUCAUUUAUUGCACCAUGCAUAAAAGUGCAUCAUAUGUCUCUAAAUGAUAAAUUUCGUGACAGAGACAAUAAUUUUUUCCUUUCUACACUUCAAAGAAAGGAUCCAGUACCAAAUUAUGACAUCGGACAACUGAUUUUACAACAGUGUGAUUUUGUUGAAAUUGGUGAAGGAUUUUGUGCUUUAUUCGUAGAACUGAAAAGUAACCCUCGCAAAACUGCAGAAACUCAAAUUGCUGAAUUCUUUCUUGGGAUUUGUCAUUGUGCUUCAUUUUGCUGCGGGAAAUUAUGUUCACCGGAAUUGCUCGAUAUGAGAAAAGCCGGCUGUAUUUUCAUAGAAGCCACUGCCACUGCCAAUACGAGUUCAAGCGUUUACAGAAAAUUUUGUGAUACAGCAUUUCUCAGUUCAGUUUCUCCCAUUUGCUCCAUCCCAUUGGCUGGCCAACAACUUUACAGAACGGAAGGCUCUAGUUUUUCCACAUGCUUUUUAGAUCCCUUACCUACAUCAAUCUGCUCAACUAGAGGAUAUUGUGGAGUCCCUGAAUGCGCCGUAAAUACGAUAAAAGGAAUACAUUUGACAACAUUUGAUCCUAAUAUUCGUCAAAAGAAACCGUUUUGUAAAGAUGUUGGUCCCUGGACAUCCGUUCCACCAAUAAUAACAUCUUUUUGGUCGAAAUGCUCAAUUCCGAAAAGCCAUGCAACUGAUGUUAGAGGAUUACUCGUUUCGACGUCAUUUUGCUACAACCAAGUAACUCGAAGGAAAGCUAUCUAUUUCAUAGAAACAGGGUCUUUCUGUUAUCCUUAUUCACCUGAAGUGUACCAGUACAAGGUGAAGAUUGACAAUGGUAUCAUAAAGUCCAGACGAUUUACAGAACUUUGUAAGUCUUCUGAAUCUUGUCCUGUCAUUAUUGAAGAUCGAAAUUUUCUUUCUGAAAGUCAGUUUGAAGAGAGUAAACAUUAUGGGAUUAAUGAAAUUUUCCACAAUUAUCCAGAACCAAUUAGUCUAUCUCACCGUCGACUUUUACAAAAUCUUGACUAUGACACCAACGAUUAUGAAAUAAUGAGUAGUAAUGAUGAUGACAAUGAAUUCGAAGGAAAUGAAAUUAAUGAGCAAAUGGGUGCCAUUGGUGAGGACGUAGCUGACAAUAAUUACAUUGAAUAUGACCCUGAGAUGAAAUAUUCGGAUAAUGAACUUGUAGAUGAUGAUGACGAAGAAGAAGAGGAUGACGAGGACGAAGAAGAUGACAUGAUGGCCUUCAGAAAGACAAGGGGACGAAGAAAUCACAUAAACCGCGAUCGAGUACUCAGGUCUGACGAUGAAGCUUCUUUCACACGACAAUCUAGGUACCUCGGUUUCCCAUUUUCGAGGAAAAAGCUUCCUAAAGAAAAAUUUCAGUGUGAAGAUCCAUCAGUUACAGAACUACCUAUCUAUAGAGACUAUGAUCCAGCAAACUCCAGUAGAGUUCCAAUAAAAACUCAGAUAUCGUUCCUGGUUUUUUUCGCCUCCAUGACAAUGUCUGCACUUGGAUCAUUCUUUCAAGAAGAAAUUGUAACUUAAAUUAAAUAUUGUCUUAAACAUAUUAUGUGUCCAAGCGACCGAAACUUUUUCUAAGACGCUCUUACAGUCUUGCAUUUAAUAUUAUCAU